GCCAGUCUUCUUCUGAGCUUCGAGCAUCAAGAAAUAUCUUUUGAUGCCUCUGAUGACAGUUAUCACUGCAGGGCUCAUACAUUUUGCUUCUCAGAACAGCGUAGGAGUUCAGAAGUUUCUCUGGUAUCGCAAAGUUGAUAAAGUAACCUAUCCAUCUAAAAAAAUAGAUUGAAGAUGCCACCCAUAUCCUUGCAAAAGGAGAGAUGAAAGGGUCCAAAAAAAUCACUCAAGAAGAAAUUACAAGAAUACUGUUGGAUUGCCUGCUUCUAUCCGGACACAAGGAGAAGAGAAAUGAAAAAUUCAUACUUUUAUCUAUAAAUACACUACUUUUGUGUACGAUCCUCUCCUCCAGGAGUUCGAUCAGUUACUCUAUGACUACAAGGUACAGUUCAAGAAGAUGAGAGAGAAGGAGUGUGGGAUCAGUGAUAAAGAACAUGAGGAGCUGCAUCAACUCUACGGCCCAUGUGUAAUGAACAUCAACGUUAAGCCAGCUCUGAAGAUUCUUGUGCAAGAUAUUUUGAAGUUCUUCUACAUUUUUCAAAUUAUUGGACUAAUUGAUUGGAGCAUCAGUGGCUCAUGGAUGUAUGGAGUAGCCAUUUUCUUCAUGCUCUUUGUCUCUAUAUAUGGAGAACUCACCACAGUCAGAUCUAAUCUGAUCAUGCUGAGCAAGAUGGCGUACUUCGAAACAAAAGUUAACGUCUUGAGGAAAGAUGAAAGCGGAAACUCCAGAUGGAUUGAGAUCAGUAGUCUUGACCUUGUCCCAGGCGAUAUCAUGGAGCUUACACAGGGCUCUAAACUUCCAUGUGAUGCAAUUAUGCUUAAUGGAGUCAGCGUUAUUAAUGAAGCAAUGCUUACAGGAGAAAGUGCUCCUGUUGUAAAAGAGCCUCUCCCUAACAGUGAAACCAAAAUUAAGAAGUUCAGUAUUGAAACUGCUGACCAAGUCAAGUACUUCUUAUUCUCCGGAACAGAAGUGGUCCAGAACAGAACAGUUGGUGAUGAGAAAAACACGGUAAUUGUUAUUAAGACAGGCUUUAUGUGUGAAAAGGGAGAAAUGAUUAAAUCAAUUCUUUACCCAAUUCCAGAAAGAUUCAAUUUUGGAUAUGAAUCAUUGAUUUACCUUCUAUCAUCUGCUAUUGUGUGCAUUAUUGGAUUUGGAGCUAUCCUGUACAUCUACAUUGAGUACUAUAAGCCAUUUGACAUAAUUGUCAGAUAUUUUGCUGGAAUCACUCUUGCCAUUCCGCCAGAAUUCCCAAUUGUGAUGACAAUGGGUAUUGUGUUCUCUCUUGCUAAGUUAAGAGACAAGUCUAUCUACUGUAUCAAGCCAGACAAAAUCAGAUCUGCAGGGAGAGUCAACAUCAUGGUCUUUGACAAAACAGGAACACUAACUGAGAGUGGUCUCUCCUGUAACUCUUAUAAAGUUGAUGUCGGGGAAGAUAAGCUAAAAGGAAUUCCUUCUCAAAACAAUCCUGUAGAGAACACUCGUAUAUGGCUAAAUAAAGACGAGUAUCUGAAAUUUAAAGAUUCAAAAUUGGUUAAGUACGAAGAGUGUAUAGCUGGCUGCCACUCCUUGUCUCUUUAUGGAGAAGAUUUCUUGGGAGACACUCUUGAUAUUGAAAUGUUCAAAUCAACCCAAUGGAAAUUUGAUGAUAGCUCUGAAUCCCAAAUUGAAGAAGGCUCAACUGUACUUCUCUAUCCUCCUCGUGUACAAGAAGCAAUAGGAUCAGACUCAAAGCCAAGUAGGGAGAUGUAUACUAUCUCGAUGAUGCACAAGUUUGAUUUCUCUUCUGCUCUUCAGAGGAUGUCAACAGUUAUUAAGCCUUCAUACGAUGACACAUGAAUUUUAUUUGUAAAAGGAUCUCCAGAGAUGAUACAUAAGUUGAGUCUACCAGAAACAAUCCCUGAUAAUUAUGAAGAGGAGUACAACUACCAUACAAAGCAGGGACACAGAGUUCUUGCUAUGGGAUAUAAAUAUUUCCCUGAUUUUGACAAGGACAAUGUCGACACUCUUGAUAGAAAUAACUGUGAGAAGGACAUCAUCUUCUUGGGGCUUCUCAUCAUGGUCAAUGAACUGAAAUCUGCCACGAAGGAAUCAAUCGAAAACCUCAAAAAUGGUAAGUUUUAUAUAGUUUAUGUUUUAGGAGGAGUUGUAACCAUUAUGGCAACAGGAGACAACAUUUUGACUGGGAUUAACAAGUCAGCUGAAUGAGGAAUCCUAGAGUCUAACCAGGUCAUUGUUGCUAGUUCUAAAGACGGAGAGUUCACCUGGACCAAAGAAGAGAAUGUGUUUGCUGUAGAAGAAGAACAGAAAGAUGAAGGUGGAUACCUCCAGUUUGACGAUUGUGACCCUGAGUUAGCCCAUUUAGCUAAUAGAGAUGAGGAACGCGAGCAAAAAGAUAUGCUUGAGUAUUUGAUGACAGAGAAGGAAAAACCCCUUCAAGUAGCAAUGGAAGGUACCUCAUUCAAGGAACUUAUCACAGAAUGCGAGAAAGGAGAUAAGGGUAAGAAGAUUGGUGGGUAUAAGGCUGAAGAAGUGCUUACUGAAGUCCUGAGACGAGGAAAAGUCUUUGCAAGAAUGUCCCCACAGCAUAAAGCCCUCUUGGUAGAAGAACUCCAAAACCAGACAGAUGAAAUUGUUGGAAUGUGUGGUGACGGAGCUAAUGACUGUGCUGCAUUGAAGAGUGCUGAUGUUGGGCUAUCUCUUUCAGAAGCAGAAGCAUCUAUAGUAGCACCAUUUACUUCAAAAAUUCAGGAUAUCUCAUCUUGUGUCAACCUAUUAAUACUUGGAAGGGCCUCUCUUGAUCUCAGUUAUGAGUUAUUCAGAUACAUGAUAGUGUACACCUAUAUCCAGUUCACUUCAGUAAUGAUCUUGAAUACAAUGACUUCUACCUAUGACGAUACUCAGUACUUAUUCUUCGAUCUUGGAGGUGUGGUACCAAUCACGAUGCUUUUGAGUUGGACUCGCCCCAAGACAUAUCUAAUCAACAAACGUCCAGUUGGAUCUUUGUUCAGUUGGUCUAUCUUCUGUAGUAUAUAUGGACAAGUUCUCAUAAUGUUCGCUUUUAUCCUUGGAACUUGGUUCAAUCUAAGAGCACAGAACUUUUACACAAGAUCUGAGAAACAGCAUGAUACCACCACAGAUGGAGAUGAAACUACAGCUAUGUUCCUGAUCACAAUCCCACAGUAUGUGUUUGUCGGAAUAGCUUUCCACGUUUCAACGCAGUUCAGGAGCCCUAUUUAUACAAAUAUCCCAUUUAUGGUCUUGCUAUCAAUCCAGUUUGCCAUGAUUGGAUGGAUCACCCUAGGACCUCAGCCAUGGAUGAGGGAUACCUUCCAUCUGUCUGGCCUGGAGUUCUACUUUAAGUACGUAAUCAUUGGCUCUGCACUGGUAAAUGGAUUCCUGACCAUCAUCUAUGAACAGAUCGUACAACGCACGAUCGGAAAGAUGGAAAUGGAGAAGCCCAUCGAGUACGGAAAGUACAAGAGAGAACUAAAGGAGCCUACUGAGAACGCUCCUUACCAAAACGCAGCAGAAGGAGCAGUUUAGGAAGUCAAAAAUUAAAAUAUAAAUAAUCUCUAUUCACAA